GAUAUAUAUUUUUAUUUAACCAUACUCUUGAUCAUUUUCUUUAUACUACUCAACAUAAUCUCCUCCAUAUAUGAUGCAAAAAUUAAGUCGCAACAAUUAAAACAGAUGAAAAAGUUAAAUAUUAUGAAGUCAAACACAGUGAUAAAGUUAACAGAUACCUCACCACAUUUUCACUAUAUCGCAACUACAAACGUUUGGUGGUGCCUAACCAAAGUGACAUUGGUAUUGAUCUGGCUUUUCUCGAUGGUUUCGUACAAUUUUGUGUUUUUUAAUUGUACUCGAACAUUCGCUACUCAUACAAUUUGCUCAACUUGAAAAUCCCGAAUUCAUAGAACUUAUUUGGGGUCGUUUGCAGACAAAAUUGCUACUCCAUGCUUGGUAUGGUUGGAAUUGUUUUUCGUUUUAAGUGGUCUUCUGCUGUAUGUUAAAUUCGAAAAAGGUCAAUAUAUCACGCCUAAAUCAUCGUUACCAAUUGCGUUCAAGUUUUUGUGCGUUUGCUAGUUUCACGUUAUUUAAGAUAUCUUCCUUCGUUAAUAUUUAUAAUAGCUUUUACUGGUAGUAUUAAUUAUUAUAAUGAAGAUGGUCCAUUUACAAGAUAUGUCGUGGAACCGAAUUGUUUAGCAUGCCGGGAAAAUUGGUGGCAAAAUCUAUUAAUGAUUAAUAAUUACAAUAUGAAAAGUUCGUGUCUUAUGCAUACCUGGUAUAUAGCAGCUGAUUUUCAACUCUACGGUCUUUUUCUUCUCAUACUAAUUAUAAUGGCAAAAUAUCCCAAGUCCAAAGUAUUAGUAUUGACCGGAGUGGCGUUAAUAGCUGCAGCUAUUAAUUUUGGUGUUAAUUAUAUACUUAAAUUGGAUUCGAUAUUUCUGCUGCUGCCAGAAUCCUAUCGUUAUUUCUAUUUUAAAGAUAUAGAAACUGCCAAACAUAUAUAUUUUUCAUCCUAUACUAAUAUCAAUUCCUUCCUAGUGGGCAUCGUUUGUGGUCUUAUCUAUAUGAAAUAUCUACGUAAAAAUCCUGAAAAUAAAUCAUAUUUAAGUAAAAUUUUGAAAACUUCACCCUACAUUGGUUGGCCUUGCAUAUUGGCUAUAUUGUAUUUGGGUACCACAAUAAUGACGCAUACCAAGACCACAGUAUGGACGGCAGCAUAUGGUUUGUUGCAACGUCAUGUGGGCAUAACAAUUGUGGCGAUAAUAGUCAUUUUGAGAGGCAUGUGUAAUGGUGGAGGCAUUUUCAAAACAAAACCUUUUCGCAUAUGGCCCGUUUAUCAUAUCAGGUUUAUUUGUGGCAAAUAAUUGUUAUGAUGAAUCUGUUGGCCAGUUGGAAGGAACCGUUUUAUGUUAAUGAUUUUAUAAUUUACCUAGUUGGAAUGUUUUUAUAUGUUUCUUCCAAUAUUAUUGCCUUUGUGGUGGCCUUAUCUGUCGAAUAUCCAAUUGCUGAAAUUAUUAGUAUAAUUGAUAUUGAAA